AUGGCUCCCCGUGCGACCCGAUCAAGGGGUGCUGCCGUGUCUGUGCCAGUGGCUGCGCCGGCAUCGUCUUCAAAGUACACGUUGCCAGCCGAGAGCGGCGAGCCGCCGAAGCUGUUCAUCCUGCCGAAGCGAGCGACAGCCGAUGCCCGCAUCGUCACGCUGCCGCAUCCACGCUAUGCGGCACGGCCGACGCGGUAUCUUGUGUGUCCAGAGACGGGCAUGUACGAGUUCACACGGAUUGCCUGUCCGGCGACGACACCUCGCAGCUGGAUGAUAGAAGCAGAAAAGGCACCAGAUACAAACGCAGAGGAAGAAACGAUGCCAGCACCACCAGCAUCACCACAAACAGACGCCUUUCCAUCCCUCAUCACCAAGAGCGCCGAUCUCUACGUUGCCUCGCCCGUGGACCCCCUUUUCCUCGUGCUUCCAGCCCUGGCCGCGUCCUCGUCCGCCAAGCGCAUGUUUCUCGCCACCGAUGACCACCUGGAUGCCCUGCCACCGCAGUCGUCCCACCUGGCCGACUUGUUGCGGCGGCAGCCGCGCGUGCGCCGCCUGCUGGAGGCCCGCAUAGCAGCUGUCUGCGAUACCGUCGAGGCCGGCGACGAGCCCAUGUUCCGCCUCAACGAGGACCGGCUGCUGCGGGAGCUGCUGGCCAAAGCUGGCCGCAUGGCUACACAUCUGCCAUGCAGCAUGGAGGAGCGGUUUGUGGCCAAGGUGCUGGAAGCACCGGUGCUGAGCAUCCAGAGAGAAAACACGGGGGCAGAGGUGAUGGGAGAGACGACAAGAUCCACACCGACCGACUCUGGUGACUCCUCGACAGCGACCGAUGCCACGAUCACCUCUACAGCCUCCACCUCCACAUCUGCCUCCAGCAUCGACCCGGCCAUCCGCACGGCCAUGCAGGCGUCCGACGACGUCGUCGCGCUGCAGCGGCUGCGCGUGGCGCUCGACUAUAUCUGCUCCAGCUACGUGCCGCCAGCACUAACCACGGCGCUCAAGGAGCGGCUGUCUGCCUCCACCAUCGCCGCCGAACUCCCCGAUUUUGCCCCCCUGGACGCCUAUCUCAGCCGGCUGGCCGCCGUGAAGCAGGAGGUGACCCUGGCGCGGUCGGCCGCGCUGGACUAUUCGCACAAGCGGGGACUGGACGAGGACGAGGACGAGGACGACCGGACGGAGAAGCGGCGCAAGCGCGAGGAAGAGGAGCGGCGCCGCAAGGCGUCGGCGAGCCGUGGCGUGCGGGACCUCAAAAAGGUCAACGUGAGCGGUAUGAAGAAGCUCAGCGAGUUUUUCAAGAAGAAGUAG